UAUAGCUCUGAGUAGAAAAGAAACAAAGAUAUGCACUAGGAGAGUGACGUUCUUGUUCUUCUUAGUCUUACCUUUCUGCUUUUCCUCUCUCGUUUGCUGCUCUAUUGUUCCAUAUUUUGUCAACCUCUUCCACCUUCUUCAAACCAUGAACACUUCUAUAAUCGAUCCGUUGCAGGGUGAUUUUCCAGAAGUGAUAGAGGAGUAUCUUCAACAUGGGUGUAUGAAAUGUAUUGCUUUCAAUCGUCGUGGUACUCUUCUUGCUGCUGGCUGCAAUGAUGGAAGUUGUGUUAUCUGGGAUUUUGAAACCAGGGGAAUUGCUAAAGAGCUUCGAGAUAAUGAGUGUUCUUCUGCUAUUACCAGUAUUUGUUGGUCAAAGUGUGGUAAUCGAAUUCUUGCAUCUGCUGCUGACAAGUCGUUAUCCCUGUGGGAUGUUAUGAGUGGUAAGAGGAUAACAAAAAUAGUUUUGCAACAAACCCCUUUACAAGCUCGGCUUCAUCCGGGUUCCUCGAAACCAUCUCUCUGCUUGGCAUGUCCUCUCUCAUGUACACCGAUGAUUGUUGACUUAAACACUGGAGAUACUACUUUUCUUAAAGUUUCUGUCUCUGAGAAACCAAGUGGACCAAACUCUGCCUCACGCAACAAGUGUUCUGAUGGGAGUACCUCCUUCACACCUACUGCUGCAUGUUUUAGUAAGUAUGGCAACCUGGUUUAUGUGGGAAACUCAAAAGGGGAAAUUCUUGUAAUUGAUAGUAAAGAUGGUGAGGUGCGUGGCAUGGUUCCCAUCUCUGGUGGUUCUGUAGUUAAGAACAUUGUUGUUGGUGGUUCUGCUAGCAAAGGAGAGCACAAGAUUUACAUAUGGGAUAGAGCUGGACAUCUUGUGAAAAUCCUUGAAGGUCCUAAGGAAGCCCUUAUUGAUUUAGCAUGGCAUCCUUUACGCCCUAUUGUUGUAUCUGUUUCUUUGAAUGGCAUAGUUUAUAUCUGGGCUAAAGAUUACACCGAGAACUGGAGUGCUUUUGCUCCUGAUUUCAAAGAGCUCGAGGAAAAUGAGGAGUAUGUUGAGCGAGAAGAUGAAUUUGAUUUGAUUCCUGAGACUGAGAAGGUAAAAGGAACUGAUGGAAAUGAAGACGAGGAAAUCGAUAUUGUGACAGUGGAGAAGGAUCCUGCUUUCAGUGACUCUGAUAUGUCCCAGGAAGAGUUAUGUUUCCUGCCAGCAUCUCCCAGAUAUGAUGUUCCUGAACAGCAAGACAAGUUCUUAGAAAGUUCUUCAAAGCUGGUGGACAGCAAUAACUCUGGAUCCACAUUUUCAGAAGAGGCUGUAGUAAAUGGACAUAUGAUGAGUCAUGCCUCAAGUCCACUUGAAGAUGAUGCUGGGGCAACACGAAUUAAAAGAAAGCGGAAACCAUCAGAGAAGGUGUUGGAGUUGCAGGCUGAAAAAGUCAAGAAACCCUCAAAAUCUAGCAAAUCAUCAAGAACCAAAAGUAAAUCUUUUGUUGAUGAGAAUAUUGGUGAUGGUUUUUAUUAUGAUGAGUUUUCUGAUGAAUAACGGAAGAUUGUAAAUUAUUUUAUUCAAAAACACCUUUUACUAAUUUCUUUUUUUACUUUUGAUAA